CAAGGCUAAUUGCAAACCGACCGAUCACCGAUGAUCGACUAGCUAGUCACGCCGGUCGUGGCCGGAUAUACAGACGUAGGACGUACGACGUAGGACCUUCCUUCCGCUGCGUACGUAGCCGCAACACGCGCAAACAGACAAGAUAGCGGCCGGGCAAGGUGAGAGCAGCAAAGAGAUGCGUAUCGCGGUAUCGGUGCGGCAGCCCGCUCGUGUCAAGCUGUAUAUCUGCGCGUCUCGGCACGGGCACUUGAGGGCGGAUAUACACUGACUGGCCCUCUCUGCUCUGCCGCCCCGUCACUCGCACCAGAGUACCAGACGCCGGCCUCACGCGACGGUGCAGUGCACGGGCACAGCCGUAUCGAGAUCAUGCCGUCCGCUUCGUCCUCGUCUUCCGCCGCUUCCGCGUCUCCUCACGGUGUCGCGUGGAGGCCAGGGGAGCGAGAGAAGAGGGCGCCGCCGCAGACCCAUGCCGGCGGCGGGAAGAAGCGCCAGCGCCGGCUGGCGGCGUGGGCGGCGGUGGACCCGCGGCGGAGGGAGUGGGACCGGGCGUACCUGCUGGCCUGCGCGGCGGGGCUCGUGGUGGACCCGCUGUUCCUGUACGCCGUGUCCCUGAGCGGCCCGCUCAUGUGCGUCUUCCUCGACGGCUGGUUCGCGGCCGCGGUCACCGCGCUCCGCUGCGCCGUGGACGCCGUGCACGCCUGGAACGUGCUCCGGUCCGCGUGCGCCACGGUGCAGCUGGAUGAUGAGGAUGAGGACGACGACGCGGACGAGGAGGCGCAGCAGCGGGAGCGAGGACACGCCGUCGGUGGCGCCGCUGCUCAGCCGCAGCUGGCGACGUCCAGGAAAGGGCUCUUCUUGGACCUGUUCGUCAUUCUUCCCGUGAUGCAGGUGGUGAUCUGGGUUGUAAUACCGGCGAUGAUACGCGGAGGAUCAACGACGGCCGUCAUGACCGUGCUGCUGGUGUCGUUCCUGUUCGAGUACCUGCCCAAGAUCUACCACUCCGUCCGCUUCCUGCGCCGGAUGCAGAACGUCUCCGGCUACAUCUUCGGCACCAUCUGGUGGGGGAUCGCGCUCAACCUCAUGGCCUACUUCGUCGCAGCCCACGCGGUGGGCGCGUGCUGGUACUUGCUCGGGGUGCAGCGGGCGACCAAGUGCCUGAGGGAGCAAUGCGCGCAGGCUGCAGCCGGGGCGUGCGCGCCCGGGGCGCUGGCGUGCGCGGAGCCGCUCUACUACGGCGCCACCACCGGCGGACUGGGCGCGGUCGCCGACUACAGGCUCGCCUGGGCCCGCGACGCCGGUGCCAGGGCGACGUGCCUCGACAGCGGCGACAGCUACCAGUACGGGGCUUACAAGUGGACCGUCAUGCUCGUGGCAAACCCCAACAGGCUCGAGAAAAUCCUGCUCCCAAUCUUCUGGGGACUCAUGACUCUGAGUACCUUUGGGAAUCUGGCGAGCACAACGGAGUGGCAGGAGAUUGUGUUCAACAUCAUCACCAUCACCGGGGGGCUAAUACUCGUUACCAUGCUCAUAGGAAACAUCAAGGUGUUCCUGAACGCGACGACGUCGAAGAAGCAAGCGAUGCACACGAGGCUGCGGAGCGUGGAGUGGUGGAUGAAGCGCAAGAACCUGCCGCAGAGCUUCCGGCACCGGGUGCGGCAGCACGAGCGGCAGCGGUGGGCGGCCACCCGCGGCGUCGACGAGUGCCGCAUCGUGCGCGACCUCCCGGAGGGCCUCCGCAGGGACAUCAAGUACCACCUCUGCCUCGACCUCGUUCGCCAGGUGCCGCUCUUCCAGCACAUGGACGACCUGGUGCUCGAGAACAUCUGCGACAGGGUCAAGUCCCUCGUCUUCCCCAAAGGAGAAGUGAUCGUCAGGGAAGGUGACCCGGUGCAGAGGAUGCUGUUCAUCGUGCGGGGGCACCUGCAGAGCAGCCAGCAGCUGCGGAACGGCGCGACGAGCUGCUGCACGCUGGGGCCGGGCAACUUCAGCGGGGACGAGCUGCUGUCGUGGUGCCUGCGCAGGCCGUUCCUGGAGCGGCUGCCGGCGUCGUCGUCGGGGCUGGUGACGCUGGAGAGCACGGAGGCGUUCGGGCUGGAGGCGGCGGACGUCAAGUACGUCACGCGCCACUUCCGGUACACCUUCACCAACGACAAGGUGCGGCGCAGCGCCCGGUACUACUCGCACGGGUGGCGCACGUGGGCGGCCGUGGCGGUGCAGCUCGCCUGGCGAAGGUACAAGCACCGCAAGACGCUCACGUCGCUCUCCUUCAUCCGCCCGCGCAGGCCGCUGUCCCGGUGCUCGUCGCUCGGCGAGGAGAAGCUGCGGCUCUACACCGCGCUACUCACAUCGCCCAAGCCCGACCAGGACGAAUUGCUGUAAGAAAGUACGACAGGGAGGCAUGAGUCAUGGAGUUUUAGAACUUGUUCCAGCGUGCCGCGUCACAUCGAUUCCAUGCGACAACGCUGUUUCGUACAAUCUGGCUCGAGAAAGUAUCCAGCAUUUUUAGUGAAUCCCAGAGUGCCAUUGAAUAGCA